AUUCCAAGAUGAAUUUGCAGUUUUUACAAUCGAAAAACCUCGUAAGUGAUUAAUAUGACGUACAGUUCACAGCAACUGGCUGUGAGAACCAAUAGCAUUGAAGCAUAGUGCCCUAGUUGCCUAAUGCUGUACUGUAAAAGGAACAACCAGGAAGGAUGCAGUGUUACUGUACAUUCACACUACACAGAGAAGCCUUACAGCAUUACAGAAUAUUAUAAAAUGGCACCUGGCCUCAACAAUAAAGUGGAAAAGGAUGGGGUGAGCGCUAAGGUAACUUCCAUCCACAUGUCAAAUCCCCACUUGAAUUCAAUGAAAGAAGAUAUAUUGUACCAUUUUGACCUUGGGACCGUCAGCCAUGAUUUACCAGCAAUGUUUGGGGAUGUCAAAUUUGUGUGUGUUGGAGGCAGCCCCUGGAGAAUGAAAUCUUUUAUCCAGUACAUUGCUGGAGAGCUGGGACUGGGAGACCCCAAUGCAGAUUAUCCCAACAUCUGUGCAGGAACUGACCGCUACAGCAUGUACAAAGCGGGGCCUGUGUUAUCAGUCAGUCAUGGUAUGGGCAUUCCUUCAAUUGCAAUAAUGUUACACGAGCUCAUUAAGCUACUGUAUCAUGCUAAGUGUACCAACGUCACAGUCUUACGCAUUGGGACAUCAGGUGGAAUAGGACUUGAACCAGGUACAGUGGUCAUCACAAAGCAAUCUGUGGAUGCCCUGUUUAAGCCACAGUUUGAGCUUGUAAUUCUGGGAAAGACUGUAGUCCGCAGUACAGACUUGGAUGAAGAACUCGCGCAACAGUUAUUACAGUGCAGUAAGGAAAUAGAUGAGUUCAAAACUGUCAUUGGAAACACCAUGUGUACCACAGAUUUCUAUGAAGGUCAAGCUCGUCUGGAUGGUGCUUUCUGUUCAUACACAGAAAAGGAAAAGCUUAGUUACUUGAAGGACGCCUAUGAAGCAGGUGUCAAGAAUAUUGAGAUGGAGUCCUCUGUGUUUGCAGCAAUGUGCAAACUAAGUGGUAUUCGAGCUGCUGUAGUGUGUGUGACCCUGCUAAACCGUCUUGAAGGGGAUCAAAUUUCCAGCUCUCAUGAUGUGCUUGUCAAUUACCAGCAACGCCCACAGAAGCUAGUGGGGUACUUCAUUAGGAAACAACUACAAGUCUAGGUGCUCAACUAAUGACAGUAUGGGCAGCAGUGUAGAGUAGUGGUUAGGGCUCUGGACUCUUGACCAGAGGGUUGUGGGUUCAGUCCCAGGUGGGAGACACUGCUGCUGUACCCUUGAGCAAGGUACUUUACCUAGAUUGCUCCAGUAAAAACCCAACUGUAUAAAUGGGUAAUUGUAUGUAAAAAUAAUGUGUAAAAAAAUAAAUAAAUAAUAAUUGUAUGUAAAAAUAAUGUGAUAUCUUGUAAA